AUGAUCCGCACCCACCGGCCUGGAGUGGGCCGUGGAGGGUCCCCUCCUCCCGGUCUGUUUCAGGAACCCUCCCUGUACACCAUCAAGGCCGUGUUCAUCCUCGAUAAUGACGGACACCGGCUGCUGGCCAAGUAUUACGACGACACAUUCUCCUCCUCCAAGGAGCAGAUGACCUUUGAGAAAAACGUCUUCGACAAGACCAGCCGGGCCGAGAGUGAGAUCGCAUUUUUGGGGGGCUUGACCGUCGUCUACAAGAGCAAUGUGGACCUCUUCCUGUAUGUGGUCGGCUCCUCUCAGGAGAACGAGCUGAUGCUCAUGUCCGUCCUCACCUGCCUGUUUGAGUCCCUGAGCCACAUCUUAAGGAGGGACCUGGAGAAGCAGUGGCUGCUGGAGAACCUGGAUGGGGCCUUCCUGGUGCUGGAUGAGGUCGUGGACGGCGGUGUGAUCAUGGAGAGUGACCCCCAGCAAGUGGUCCAGAAGGUGAAUUUUCGGGCGGAUGACAGCGGCCUGGCGGAGCAGAGCGUGGCCCAGGUUCUGCAGUCCGCCAAGGAACAGAUUAAAUGGUCGCUACUAAAAUGAAGGCAACCCCGGCCGAAGUCCAAAGAACCCAAGGGACGAGAGAAGCCCUCCGUGCGCUGCCCCCCUUUCGACGCCCUGCCCCGCCGGGGACCCUGGGACCAGCUGAGCUGCCCCCUAAUAAACCUGCUUUGUUUCCUGCUCGA